AUGAAUCAUUUUAACGAAAAAAACAAAGUAUUGCUCAAACGACGUAGUUCUUCAGUUAGUCACUUAUCGAAACAUCAUCGGUCAGAUGUUUCAUCAUCACCCAAUUUUAAUCGAACAAAUAACUCUUAUCGUGAAACUAUAACUGCUUUAAGUUUCUCUUCAAAACAAUAUGAUUUCAUACGUCCAAAAUCAACAUUAGUACAAUUAAAUCCGACUGUGGCUCAAACAAACAUCGUAAAGAUAUCAUCCGAUGUAUCUAAACAAAUUCCACCUCCAGUUGCGCCGAGAACAAUAUUUCCACUAGAGAUAACACUAAAACCGGUGCCAAUACCAAUCGAAAGAAAAUCUUUAAAAAAGAAUAAUAAAAUUAAUUCUACGGAAGAACAGGCAAUAAAAUUGACAGCAACAGAUAAAUCGGUUUUAUCAGAUGUUAACAAUAGAAACGAAAUAAUACCAGAUCAAAAAAUCUUAGUAAUGCAAAUGAACAAUCAAUCUACAUUAUAUACUCCUGGUCUAUGUGGUUUGAUCAAUAUUGGUAAUAUAUGUUUUAUGAAUAGUGCUCUUCAAUGUUUAAGUAAUAUACCUGAUUUAACUCAAUGGGCUCAAUGUCAAAAUUUUUAA